GUCUUUGGUGUAGCACAUUCAAGUUGGUAGCGUCCUAGAUAUUAAGAAAAUGAGGGGGAUAUUGGUCCUCUGUGUCACUGUGACGGUGGCUUUGGCGGCUGAAACUGGGAGGUACAAUCCUCUCCAGUUCUUCACAACGUCGACGCCUAGGUAUUUAACGACUAAGUCUGACAGUGUUGGGCGUUACAACCCAGGGAAGUACGACCCUGGCCGCUACGACCCUGGUCGCUAUGACCCCGGUCGCUAUGACCCCGGACGCUAUGACGCCGGGCGUUACAGUGGUGGACGCUACGAUAGCUCUGGAAGAUACAUCCCCGAUGGGUCAGGAGCUUACAACGGGGACCGCGGCGAUCGCGGCGGCGCUGGAGGUUUCUACUCAGGCUCAAGCAGUGCGGGAGGCGCGGGAGGCGCGGGAGGCUUCUACAGUGGGGCGAGCUCCGCGGGUGGCGCGGGGGGUGCUUACACCGGCUCUGGCUCCACAGGGGGUUCGGGGGGUGUAUACACCGGUUCGAGCUCCGCUGGUAGCUCAGGCGGAUCUAACGAGAGUCAGGGCGAUUCGAACAAAUCUUCAUCUGUUAGCGGAGAUGAAAGUACUUUCACUGGAGCAGUAUCUACCACAACACAAUAUUUAACUACCACCGAAGCACCAAGACCAACAACAAUCGUCGCUCCCAGCCCUACUCCAAGUCCGAGCCCAGUUCCGGUUUUCGUGCCAACAUACAAGCCCACGCAACAACCCUACGUCGCUCCUCCAAACAGAGCUUAUGAUGAAACCUACUUGAAGAAAUACGACAUUAUUCGUUUGUAUCAUGAUUACCUUCCCCCUGGUGGUUAUCAUUACCUUCUUGAGACUGAAAACAAAAUCCUCGCCGAACAAGACGGCAAGGUCGAGCAAAUAGACAACGACAACUAUGGCCCCAGAGUUAAAGGAUUCUACGAGUACCUCGGUCCCGACGGCGUUACUUACAGAGUCGACUACACCGCUGAUGAGUUUGGUUACAAGCCCGUGGGUGUUCAUCUACCUUAAAUGCUCUAGUCACAAAAAUUGUGUAAAUUUUAAGGGAUA